UAUCACAACAAUAACAACGCUGAGAUAAUUUGUUACUUUUUGUUAGAAGUCUAAACAUUGAAACAAAAUCAAGAUUUUUGCUCUUUUGUUGGUCUCCAAAUCACGAAAUUAGCUGUGAAAGGCUAAACCAUGUCAGAGCAAGAUGCUGUGAGCCAAAAUGGUAGUUCUCAUUCAAGUAACGACUCGCUAAAUGGUGCGUUGAAAAUGAGAUUCUAACUGCGUUUCAUUAUCUAUAUUGCACUAGUUGUCAACAGAAAAUUUUUCAAUAAUUUCUCUGUAGAUUAGCAUGGAAUAACAAGUUACUUUUUAUAUUAGAAUACGAUAACAAUUUUGUAGGAUCUUGGGUGAAGCUAGAUGAAUCCUAUAAGAAUGGGAAUGAACGUCCAUUUUCAAUACAUAACGGUGAAAUGGAAAACCUUUUAGCAGAAGCAGCCGACGACAAAGCAUCAGGAACACAUUCACAGAGACAGAGGUAUUAAGUUGGAGGAUUAUCACCGUUUUAAUGUUUAAAUUGAAUAUAUUAUAGCUAUGUAAGGUUAUUAAGGUAUUAUCACUUAGAUGCUGUAAUGCUGUCUGCUAUGGAUACAGCAAUGUAGUUAUUAAAAAUAUAAUAUGUUUAGUUUGUUAUCAACGCCAACUGAAGAAAGGGCAACAGAGUCUAGGCCUGAGACAGAUACAAGGGUAAGAUCCAAUUUAUUUCAGAUCAAGUUUCCACAUACAAUCUACUGGUGUUGAAGGCUUAAGUUUGGAUGGAUGGAGUGAAUGAUUCAGUUAAACAAAAAUAUUAUUUUUAAUGAAACACUCCUGGUGGGCACUCUAGUUGGUCAUGACAUCUGUUAUUUAUAGGUUGUCUGUCCAAGAUUUAUGCCCUGAUAUGGUAUUUCCAAAUGGAUCUUGUAACUGCAAAUAUUGCUCCCGUCGCACAACUUCAUAAUAUACUAACAGCCUAUAUAGCUGCAUGAUUGCAAAUAUGUAAUAAUCAGAAUGCUUCUGAACUUGGUCUAUAAACUGGUUUACAGGUCAACAUAUUUUUUUGAAUAUAAAUCCCAGUGAUCAAACAUAAAACCUGAAGUCAACUCAUCAUCUGACAUUAGUAUUAGUAACAGGCAGACAGCACACACACAGUAGUGUCAAACACAAACACUUGCAGUUUAAUUUAAAUUAAACAGUAAGUUAAACAUAAACGAUUCUUAUUUUUUGCUUUGUACUAGGUGUUACCCCCAGAAAAUUUGACCAAUGACCCAAGUUGGAUAGAAAAUUGGGCAAGCCGUGUUGAACCACAUCCUCCUAAGUAAGGAGCAGACUUACAUACAAAGAAAGUGAUGCCUAUAUACAGAUUAUAGAUUGCACUUUAGAGCAUACAGUAUAUAUACCUUAGUUUGUAAUUCAUUGUCCCAAACUCAUAGCCAAGGCCCACCUGCCUGGUUUUUGAAGCUUUGUCCACCGCUAGAAAAUGUCCAUAUAAUAUGCAUGCCUACCAAUGUAUGGGUCAUGUAAAACAUGUUGACAUCUGAGCUACACUUUGUUUGUAAACCAUCCAUAUCCAUAUCUGAAUUAGUCAGGAGCACCUUAACCCAUUAAGUUGCAUUGCACCCUAAUUUAUUUUACUCUGUCUAACACCAGAUGAUUUUAGCCAUCAAGGGGAGAGCCCUGGCACUCAAUGAGUUCACUUAAACACUAGUUAAAGUAAAUUGCACAAGUAUAUUUAAUUAAUUUAUUCACUAAUAAAAUCAUAUUUUGAUAGAAAAUGGCGACUUACGUACCCUCCUCAGAAACACAUUGAAAAGAAACAAAAGAUGUCCAUGGUUGAGAGGUACUACAAAAUACACAAUUUUCACCAUGCAUUUUCACAACAAACAUAAAAUUUUAAUUUUCUAUUAAUUGAAAUUAUAUUUUAUUUAGUAAAACUGAUGCUUUUCAAGUGAAUUUUUAUGUCGUCAUUCCAACAAUCUUGUUUACGCAUAUCGUUGCUUUUGGCAUCGGGUGAGUAUAGCUUACAGCGGGGAUGCCUGGGGGGCACGCCUCCAUUACAGUUCACCACACGAGCCCAAAAUCAUGAAUCAAAAUAGCUAGCCUUAGUGAUUAAUGAAUAAUCAGUCCAUGUUUGACCCUUCAAAUGCAAUUUCUGACCUGUGAAAUCCCACAAGCCCCUUCCCAGAAGUUAACCAGUAUUGACUGGUGUUUGCAUUUUUUUCUAGGUUCUACAUAGGAAGGCGUUCUUCAACUGGAAACAUGGCUGUGUAAACUGAACAAACAACAAACUUUUUAUAUGAAUUUGUGAACUGAUUGUUGGUGGUGAUUGUGAUAAUUAUGGUUACAUUGUUGUUGUUGUUGUCAGUGUUAUGUUAUUGUUGUUUGUUUGUUGUAGUUGUUGUGGUUGCUGCACAGUUUUCGACACAUACGGCAAAGAAUACAGCAAGGAUGACCAGCAUUUUAUAAUUUAUAUGGAGGAUGCUUUCAGUGCUCAAUAUUAAUUUAUUUCAUGCUUCUCAAUUUCUUUGCAAAUAUGUUCUGUAUAAGACAGUUGGAUUGGAAGUAAAGUAUAUCUUUAUAUCCCUUAAUUAUGAUCGUUUUGCCGACCACACAGUAAAGCAAAUCCAUUUGAACAUGCACUGAAAGUGAGAGUCAAUUAAACUAACACGAAAAAUCUAACAACUUGUUAACAGGAUGUGUUUGAACAAGUUGUAACAAUGCUUCAGUUCGGUACAAGUUUGUCACUCAAGGAAAACUUAACUACUCAAGGUCAUUAAUAGAGAGGUUCAGAUUUGAUUUGACUUCCACUACCGCAAACUGUCACACGUAUCCGAUUGGUCAGUCGGGUAUUUUAAACGCAUCUGAUUGGUUAAUUCAGGGUUAAUUGUAGCAGCUGUAACGGUAUUGGAAGUCAAAUCUAAAUCUGUAACAGUUUGUCAAACUUUGUAAUCGCCUGUGACAUAACUUGCGCGUUUUUCGUGACAUCGUGUUUUCGACUGGAACGACGGAUUUCUCACAUGAUUCAGUUUGAUUGUUCUCGCGGGCGCAAAACCAAAACUGCUUACACAUGUAGGCGCUCUGGCCAAAACAGCCGAUUUGUCCGUGGUAUAGCGUAAUAUUGCACUUGUGUUAUGUGUACUAAUGUAUUAUAUAAUAUAACGUUCAUAUGUGUGUACUAGUGUAGUAGACGAUGUAUGAUACAAUACAAUAAAAACUUCAAAAGGUCC